CCACCUACCGUAACACUCCUUACAAAUCUAUUUUUGUUCUUUUCUUACACUCUUCUUUUCUUCUCAAUGUCUUUCUCUCUUCGAACCUUCUUCUUCCUAUCACUUCUCCUUCUCCUCUUCUUUUCCUCCGUUUCUUCUCACGGUGGCCACGACGACGAUGCCGACAUCGACGCCGACUCAGACUCCGAAGCUCCCCACAACCUCCGUUCAAAAUCCUUAAUCCUAACAAAAGUAUACUGCUUAAUAGUAAUCUUCUUCGCCACUUUCAUUGCCGGUGUUUCACCUUACGUGCUAAGAUGGAACGAAGGGUUCUUGAUAUUAGGGACACAGUUUGCUGGAGGAGUGUUUCUGGGAACUGCUUUGAUGCAUUUUCUUAGUGAUGCUAAUGAAACUUUUGGUGAUUUGACUGAUAAAGAGUACCCUUUUGCAUACAUGUUGGCUUGUGCUGGUUAUUUGAUUACUAUGCUUGCUGAUUGUGUUAUUUCUUCUCUUUUGGAGAAGCCGAAUCAUGGUGCUGGUGCUGACGUUGAAGGUCAAGGGGUAGACAAAGGAAGGAGCAACGGUGUUAAUUCUCAGUCACAAUAUCAGAGUUCUGCUGGCACCAAUGACGCUGAUCUUGCACCUAGUAGCUCAAUCGGAGAUACUGUAUACAUAUUUAUAUAUGUAUACAUAAUCGCCCUUUGUGCUCAUUCUGUUUUCGAGGGCUUAGCAAUUGGUGUUUCCGUGACAAAAGCAGACGCAUGGAAAGCUUUAUGGACAAUCUGUUUGCACAAAAUAUUUGCAGCCAUUGCCAUGGGCAUAGCACUCCUUAGGAUGGUUCCUAAUCGACCUCUACUAUCAUGCGCAGCCUACGCUUUUGCAUUUGCAAUCUCUAGUCCAAUUGGUGUGGCCAUUGGAAUUGUAUUAGAUUCCACAACUCAAGGUCAUGUGGCCGAUUGGAUUUUCGCCAUUUCUAUGGGUCUAGCUUGUGGUGUGUUUAUCUAUGUUUCAAUAAACCAUCUAUUUGCUAAGGGUUAUGUGCCUCAUAAACAUUCAAAGGCCGACUCAGCCUAUAUGAAGUUUCUUGCGGUAUCGCUGGGAAUAGGAGUUAUAGCUGUUGUUAUGAUAUGGGAUACCUAAGAUGCUUCAGAAGCAAGAAGAAAUUUUAGUCUUUUAUUUUUAAUUGUUUAUAAUACUUUUGAUUUAAUAAUAUCAUACCUUUUGUUAGUUAGCCAAGUUGAUUUGUUUUAUAAGGAUGAUAUUUAUAUUUUGUAGUUCAAUGAUGAUGUUCAAUUUUGCCUCAUUUCAAUUUAGGCAAAGUCCAUGUUCCAUAGAUGCAGGAUACAAGUUUCCAUACUCACUUUCCAUUGGAAACUUGAAAUUAUGAUCUGCAUAAUACCAAUCAUAUAAGUAUCAUGUGAAUAACAUUCAUAUCAUAUAAUAUACAAAGAAAGAUAUUCACGU